UAUACUUUUUCUCCAACGAUCAAAAAAUCUUUAAAACAACACAAAACCACCCCAAAAAUCCCUCAUUAAACUCAAAUAAUCCUCACCUUUUCUCUCUCUCUCUCUCUCUCAAAAACUCACAGAUUCCUUUGAAAAAGGUCAAAUCUUGAUUUGUGAAAAGAACAAAGAAAACCCCCCAUUUUGAUAGUGCAACAAGAAAGAUGAGUAGUCUUCUUCAAUACCCAGAUGCGGUUGAUGCCCCAGAAGUUCAAAUAUGGAACAAUGCAGCGUUUGAUAAUGGAGAAUCAGAGGAUUCUUUGAAUCUUAAGUCUUCUUGGUGGACUCAAAGUCUUGAAUCCAAUGGAAGUAAAGAGAAUCUUAGCCCAGUUUGUGAACUAUCAUCUCCUGUUUUUGUCAAUUCUUCAAGCCCCACCAAGCCACUUCAAUCAAAUACCAAUCUAGUUAACUCACUCGGCAGUAGUUCUUUGAAGAUUGGGGUUUCUAAGAUGGUGGAAAAGAAUGAAGAGAUCAAGAAUCGUGAUGAGAAAAAGAUUGAUAUGGAGAUUGAAGAGAUUGAGAGAGAGAUUAAGCGUUUAUCUUCAAGACUUGAAGCACUUAGGCUUGAAAAGGUAGAGAGGAAUAUAUCAAAGACUAUUGAGAAGAGAGGGAGGAUUGUGGCUGCAAAAUUUAUGGAUCAGAAACAGAGUGUCAAGAUUGAGGAACCGUUGAUCCCAAGUUCUAAAUCGAAGAUUAAUCGAAGAGGAGUCAGUUUAGGGCCAAGUGAGAUUUUAUCCGGAUCCAAAUCAAGGUUAUUCUGUGGGAAACCAGACAUGAACACUCCUGUUUCGAUUCAGAAUCGGCGGAAAUCUUGUUUUUGGAAGCUUGAAGAGAUAGAUGAAUUAAAGGCAACUAAAGAGAGAGGAAAAAGCUUAAGUGUUAGUCCAAGAUCGCGAAAAAAUGUGUCCAAGAUUCAAUUUCCUAAACAGGCUGUUACUACUGUGGGGUCUAGAAGAUCAGUGAAGAAAGAAGAUGGGAUUAUUGCUUCAAUUCAGCCAAAGAAUCUAUUCAAAGAUGGAGAAAAAUCUGUUACUAAUAAGAAACCCUUGAAGCCCGGACGGGUGGUGGCUAGUAGGUAUAAUCAGAUUGGAACAAAUCAGUCUAAUGGGAAUCUAACUGCUAGCGAGGCUCGGAAGAGGUCUUUGCCGGAUAAUGAGAAGGAAGAUGUUAAUAAGGGGAGGGCUUCGCGAGGAAAUGGGGCGUGUCAGAGAAUGGACAGUGGUAGAGUGAAGAAGAAGUGGGAGAUUCCAAUUGAAGUAGUGGUGUAUAAGGGUGAUGAUGAAGGCAAAUCUCCGCCGACAGUUUCUACAGUGGCUGAUGUGUUGCCAAAGAUUAGGACUGUCAGGUGUGUUGCCGAGACUCCAAGAGAUUCAGGGGCUGCGAAAAGAGUGGCUGAUUUGGUUGGGAAGAAACCAUACUUUUGCAUCGAAGAGGCUGAAGCAGGGGACUCUGUUUGUCAGGCUCUGAGUUUUGCAGGAGAGGAUGGCGAGGAAUAAAGGGAAGUUUUUCUUUUUUUGGCCACUUUUGAAUUGGUCUAUUAGUAAUUUUUUUCAGGUCUGUUGUUGAUAAGCCAUAACUCUUGUUAAUUGUUAUGACGGGGGUAAGGUUGUUUUUGGUUUGGUCUAAAUGGGGUUGGAAAUUUGUAAGUUUGUAGUCUAAUUUCAUCGCCAUUUCUGAUAAUAUGCAAUAAUAUGAUAAGCUUGUCUCUUGCUUUCUGUAAUAGUUCAAUCUUCAUGGCA